CAAUACUAGCUUGCACGGUGCUCGCUACCUUACAGAGAAUAACUUCCUCCGAAGAGCUUUCUGGUUGUUUGUGGUUUUAGCGGGGUUUGCUGGCUUUAUUUACCAGUCUUUUCUUUCGAUUACUUCGUUUUACAGUUGGCCCGUAUCAACUGUGAUGAUGACGGAAUGGCACAAAGAGAUGAACUUUCCAGCAGUUACAAUAUGCAACUUCAACCCUAUCAGCAAGUCAAGAUAUGCUCAAAAUUAUGGGAAUCUUUUCAAUUUAUCAACUCAAGAUUCGAAUAAUAUAAUAAAUGGAAUCAUCUUCCUAAUGUCAGCCCCGCGGGAUAGUUUUCAAAAAUCGAAGUUUUCACAAUUUUCGCUAGAAAACUACACACAAAGAGGGCCUGUGCUGGGUAAGUCCUUGCGUUCGUACGCACAUUCCAUUGAUGGGAUUCUCUCGCUAAAAUGGCUAGAACCUUGCAAAUACAGCGGCAAAGAGUGUGGCAAGAAUAGCUUUUCUACAUUUGAACACCUUCGAUAUGGAUCUUGCCAUACGUUCAAUUCGGAUGGCCAGUUUGGGCUAAAAGUAGACAGUAUUGGGCCAAUCAGUGGAUUGCAAUUGCGUUUAAAUGUCGAGGAGAAAGACCAUGUCAGUAAUUUAUAUGGACUUCAAGCGGGCUUCAAAGUUCUUGUUCACGACCCUCGAGAGCACCCGAUGAUAGAGGAGACCGGAUUUGCUUUACAGCCGGGAACGCAUACAUUCUGCUCAGUCAGGAUGAAGAAGUACGUCAACCUGAAGGCACCAUAUCGCACCGAAUGCGGAGAGAACAUUACUGACUUCAACCGAUACUUCAAUGUGAACUAUACCAUGGCAAUCUGUAGCAAGCAGUGUCUCCAUGACUACGGGAUAAAAAAAUGCGGCUGCCAGCCAAUCUUUGAAAUCACAAAGGAUGUGCCACUCUGCUCUUUAAACGACACAUUUGAGUGCAUCUACCCAACAUAUAAUGGGCCCUAUCCACGGGAGGCGGCAGAAUGCUUCAAAAAGUCAUGCCCUGUACCGUGUUACUACACCAAGUACGAGACCAAGCUUUCUUACGCGUCGGCUAUAAGUAACGCCAUCGCAAGAGACAUUCCAACAUACCUACUAACAAAUGGAAGCGAGUUUGACGACAUAGAAAAGAUGACAGAGGGGGAACGAAAAACGUUUUUCAGGGAAAAUGUUGCCUCACUUGACGUCUACUUCGAUGAGCUCAGUUAUGACUUGAUUAAGCAGAAACCCUCGUUUGACAGAUGGUCGCUUAUAGCGAUGAUCGGAGGCUACCUCGGUCUGUUCCUGGGUAUGAGUUUGCUAACAGUCCUGGAGUUCUUUGAUCUUCUUGUGAUGAAGCUUCUCAACAGGAUUUCUUCCAAUAAGAAGGUUGUCAACACCGUUACAGUAGAACCGCAAGAAUCACAGAAUGCGUUUGCUUUUAAACAAGGACCUACGGUAUAAAAGGCGCGCGUGUCUGUCACGCAGGAAUAAGUCACCCAUGUAGUGAAGACAUAUUUAGCACCUAGGAAUUAUAAAAUGAUCAGCUGUCUGCAUAUUGAAGUCCACGGAACAACUGAAAGCAUUUUGUUUAGUUAACCUAUCGCGUUUGACAGGGAAAUAUAAAACGCUCGCAUGGAAAUUGCUUAGCCAAGCAGUUCAUAUUUUUAGCAGAUUGACCUUUUGCUCGGGAAACUUAUAGGCGCACCGCGUCCCUUUUUAAGUGGUACUGGAGAACAGAGUUUUGAGCAUUUGAUUUAGUCCUGUAUCCGUUAAAUACAUAAGGAAAGUUAAGUCUGUGUUCACACAAGGUUUACCCUAAGUAAGCUUCAGACCUAGUCGUCGGUGAAAUGUGUUUUUAGUACAUUUUAAGAGUUUGAGUGCAAAAAUGAUUAUAAUGCUGUCAAUCAUAUUAAUCACGUGUGUAGCUUGCCAUGCGCACUAGCACAGCUAGCAGGACAGGGCUGAAAAACGCAAGACUAGUUCCAGUACCGCGCGUGUAAACCACCCUUUUUGUUUUGAAAUGGCCGCGUUUUGCCG